GAACAUUUUGCAUAGUCAUUUUGCAUAGUGUCAGGAGCAGGCGAAAGGCUAGAUCAAAAUGGAGCUGAAAUUAUUCCUGAUUCUGUGCAUAUUAGGAAGUGCAAUUAACUACCUGCACGGUAAACCUUCCAUUGAGGCUGAAUUCGCGGAAGAUGAUUCAGACAUGGAAUAUGAUAGCAAAAAUGGCGAGUCCAUAACUGAGAAGAUCAUCAAACUCAACGAAAAAAAAAAAGCAAAAUGCCUCAUCGAUGGUGACGUCCGUGAUGAAAACUGCAAAGGUGGAGCCGAAAAAAGAAACGCAGCAAGAGACAGGAACAAGCUUUGGCACACAAGACAAAUCCCUUAUGUUUUGGAUUCUUCAUUGAAUAAUCGGAAACGAGCGGCCAUCAGGAAUGCCAUUCGAGACUACCACAGAUACACCUGCAUCCGUUUCACCAGAGUCUCGCCAGCCUCGAAGGAGCACUACAUAAGAUUCUUUUCAGGAAGAGGAUGUUGGUCCUAUGUUGGAAAAACGAGUGCGAAGCAUCAAGACAUUUCGAUUGGGAGAGGAUGUGGCAUUAAAGGCAUUGUCAUUCACGAGCUGAUGCAUGCCCUUGGCUUUUGGCAUGAACAGAGCAGGUAUGACAGAGAUAGUUACGUUCGCAUCGUCUGGUCUAACAUACCAACAAACAGACGCCACAAUUUCAAUAAGAAAAGUAUACAAGAAGUCACGUCACUUGGACUGCCUUAUGAUUAUGAUGGAGUGAUGCAUUAUGGGGCAAAGGCAUUUGCAAUUGACAGGCGAUUUCCCACAAUCGUAAAAUUGCGAAACACUGGUGGACAAAUAGGGCAAAGGCGGGGAUUUAGCCUUACGGAUAUUGCACAACUAAACACACUGUAUGACUGUGAAAGCCCUUGCGGUAGUACAUGGAGUCAAUGGUCAAGAUGGAGUCACUGUAUAACCAUGUCUGGUCGCCGUAGAGAGAGAAGGCAGCGCUUUUGCAUUGACGAGGAUCUAAGCAGAUGCCGGGGUAAUGGUGGCCGCAGAGUUCAAAAGAGAGAAAGAGCCUGUGGAAGUGGAAGAACCCAGGUAACAAGAGCCGUCGUCUGCGAAGGGAAAAAUCGACUAAUUGCCUGCCCAAGUGGACACAAGCUACACAUUCUAAGCGCGAAUUACGGAAGGACCAACAGAUAUGUGUGCAACGGACCUGGUCGCCCUAUACGCACAACAGGAUGCUACGCGAGGAACUCCUUGAAUGUAGUCAGAAACAGCUUCCGUUGCCAAAACCGAAGAAGCUGCAGGCUCUAUGCGCUGAACAGGAGGUUUGGUGAUCCUUGCCGUGGCACAUUCAAGUACCUUGAUGUCAAAUACCGGUGCUAUCGAUCAAGAGGGUAAACAGUCAUGACGCCCAGAGAAUUGCACGAAGGCAGAACGAGAAGAAAAGUUGGAAGCUUUAGCACGACAGUAUUAAACAUUUUUUAUUUGAAUUUUAGACAUUGGAUUUUUUAGAGUAUGGCAUUUGUUGCCUUGUCCACUUUUACAUUAUUCAAUAAGUACAGAAGCAUUUGCAAACAA